GUAUGUUUAAAGAUAUUAAACGAUCAGGAUGAUAAUAAUGAACAUAAAUUUAAUACGUUUGCAGGAUGCGACUGUUACGGAUUGUUUCGAAAAAGCAGAAUCCUGGAUCCUCUGGAAGAGGAGCCCGACUCGCACAUCAUAUCAACCAUCGACUUCCCCGAAAGCUUAACCAGCUGGAUCGAUAAGGAGAACUUCGAGAUCGAAAGCAACCUCGAAAGAGUGCAACCCGACUGCAGACUCUCCUGCAAUCAACCACCCGAAAAGGUGCCCCUAGAGUGCGACCACUGUCGUCACAAGUUCCUGAAGAAGAGCAACCUGGCGGAGCACCUGAAGAAGCACCGACACAGGUGUCCAGAUUGUCCGAAGACCUUCAGACUCCGUCGGUACCUGGCGUCCCACACGGAGAAGAUGCACAGACGCCAGGUGUACGACUGCAGCGUGUGCGAGUACAAGAGCAACAACAAGGGCACCCUGAAGAACCACUACAUACGGUUGCACACCAGCAGCUACAACUUCUCCUGCGACGUGUGUGGUAAACAGUUCAAGAUAAAGAAGGCCUUGAACCACCACGUGAAGCAGAACCACAGCGACUCGCCACCCAUCGUCUGUGACGUGUGUGGACACUUCAGCAAGAACCUACACGCGCUGAAGGCACACAUGAAGUACAGACAUUACAAGCCGGAGUUCAUCUGCAGGAUCUGCAGAAGGGGGAUGACGACUCAGGAGAACUUGGAGCAGCAUUUAACGUGGCACGAAACUAGGGAGAAGGUCCUGUGUCCCACAUGUGGGAAGAGGUUUCGAGGACGAGAUCUGGAUUCACAUAUGAGGGUGCAUACGGGGGUGAAACCGUUCCCGUGUCCCGUGUGCGGGAAAUCCUUCAGGAGGCAGACCGCGCAGGAACAACACGUGCUGAUUCAUACGGGCAAGAGGCCGUAUGUGUGCGACAUAUGUGGACAGGCUUUCGCGCAGAAACCCGGGCUUAUUUGUCACAGGAAGAGACAUCCCGGCCCUCUGCCGCCUCUUCCGGUUGUGUCCAUCAAGAAUAUUGUGACGGAGUUCACGAAGGAGUAUACUAUGAAGAAUAUGAUCAAGAUCGAGUGAAGUGGAUGGGGGUUAGGGUUGUUCAAUGAUUAACGAGAUAGUUGCUUAAGGGGAAUAAUUGAACUGUUUAUUAUGCAAAUGGGGUAAUUUUGAUACGAAGGUUUUCAGUGGUUUUUUAUUUGAAAUUUUAAUUUACAUUGCCGUCAUGAGGGAAAGAACUCCAUUUUCAUAAUGAAUACGAAUUGGCUUUUUUGUCGUACUUUUUAUACUUUUGAUUGCUGCUGACGUAAUUAUGCGACGUCAGACGCAUACUUAGUUUCUGUAGAUUGGUUAGUUUCUUUAUUUACAAAUAUUUCUGGUUAAAUAUUUUUUACUUGCAAGUACUUUAAUAAUUUAAAUAUUUUU